AUGUCUUCGACCUCCACCUCCGUCCUCCUUCCCGCCCUCUUCGCUGCGGCCGCGUUUGCUGUUCCGCAGGGCGUGGACACGCUCGGACAGACUUUCUCCAUUGAGCAGGUCCCGAAGGCGCAGAUCCUCAAGAAUGGUCCGAUGGCUAUGGAAAGGACAUAUCUCAAAUAUGGCCUUCCCGUCCCCGAGUUCGUCUCCGCAGCCGUUGCGAACUCGGCCGCUGCCUAUGCAGACCUCUCCGAACGCUCUGUCGCGGCGGUUCCCGCAGAUAGUUUCGACACUCUGUACUUGUCGCCUGUCACGCUGGGAUCCGAUACUCUGAACCUUUAUCUUGACAGCGGCUCUUCUGACUUGUGGGUCUUCUCCACCCUCAUGGCACCCGGUUCUACCAACGGCCAAUCGCUUUACAAUCCCUCCAAGUCUGGUACUCUCCUACCACAACAGUCGUGGACCAUCACCUAUGGUGACGGUAGCGGAGGCUCAGGUCUUGUCUACGCCGACAAAGUCGUCGUCGGGGAAGUGACUGCCACCAAGCAGAGCGUCGAGGCAGCCACGAGUGCUUCAUCCCUUUUCGUCCAAGACACCAACAGCGACGGCGUCAUGGGCCUUGCUUUCAGCAGUCUCAACUCUGUCAGGCCCACUCCCCAGAGAACCUUCUUCGAUACGGUGAAGAACACCCUCGCCAAACCACUCUUCACCUCAUUGCUGAAGAAGGGCCAAGCCGGGAAAUACGACUUCGGAUUCCUGAACUCGUCUUCCUACACGGGCACCAUUGCCUACACCAACGUCUUGAGCACUCCCAAGCCGGGCUUCUGGGGGUUCAACAGCACUGGCUACUCUAUUGGCAGCGGUGCUGUCGUCCAGAAGACUAUUUCGAGCAUCAUCGACACCGGCACCAGUCUGUUUUACCUGCCUACCGAUGUUGUGUCAGCCUACUACGCCCAGGUCCCCGGCGCGUCCAAGAGCACUUACUUUGGUGGAUGGAUUGUGCCCUGCACCAGCACGCCGCCCGCCUUCAGCACCGUCAUCGGCGGAUCUCUUGUCACCAUGCCGGGAUCCUACCUCAUCUACGGCGCCGUCGACCAGUCCAACAACUGCUACGGAGGCAUCCAGGAAAACACCGGCAUCGGCUUCUCCAUCUACGGCUUGAUCUUCUUGAGGUCUCAGUACAUCGUCUUCGAUCAGACGACGGCCAGCGCCCCCAGACUCGGCUUUGCCAGACAGCCUGGUGUUGCGUACGUUUAG